GGCGUGCCUGCUGACCUCCAAAUCUUCACUGAACAUAUGCAGAUUCAGCAGGAGCAGAUGGAGUCGGUGAUGGACUGGCUGAGCAGUCAACCGAGGGCUGCCCAGCUGGUGGACAAAGACAGCACCUUCAUCAACACCCUGGAGUACUACCUGAGCCGCUACCUGAAAGACGUCAAGCAGCACUACGUGAAGGCAGACAAGCGGGAUCCUGAAUUUGUUUUCUAUGACCAGCUGAAGCAAGUAAUGAACGCGUAUAGGGUCAAGCCAGCCAUCUUCGACCUGCUCCUGGCUCUCUGCAUAGCAGCCUACCUUGGCGUGGCAUACAUCGCUGUCCAGCAUUUCGGCCUCCUUUACAAGCUGGUCCAAAGGGUCUCUCGGAAAUCCAAACAGCAAUGAAAGCAGAAAAGCCCAGAAAUCUUCUCCUGGUGUCGUUUCUUCCUCCGUUGGAUCCUGCUUCUCCUCUCCUUCCUGCUCCUCCUCCUCCUCCUCCUCCUCCUCGCCAGGGGCAGGACGCAAAAGCUCAAGAUGGUAAACCAAUAAAACACAAACAAAAAAAGCACCACCAACCAACAGCCACACUCUUUCUCUCCCAUCCUUGCAUUUCUGCAAAAGCUCCUUUUCCUUCCCUCUUUUUCCCUGGCACGGAAACUGCCGAG